AUGUUCAUCAAGCAUGCUCAUCACACGAAAACCGUUUACAAAAUUUUAGAAAAACCUCCCGAACAGGGGUCGCCGGUAGUUGCUGAUCAAAUCAAAAUGGCCCAACCUCAGCAAGUCGGGCCCAAAGCGGUAAAAAACGAGCACGGCGAUGAAAUAGUCCACCACCACGUACACGUCGGCCACGUCAACCACGGUCAUAGUCACGAAUUGCACAGUCGUCAGAACCGCAACCGCGGUCACGGUCGGUAUCACGGCGGUAAGCACGUCGGGCAUGCGCAUCACCAUUCGGGCAAGCACCGCGGCGGUAACAAACACGGUGGUCGCACGCCUAAGCGUAACCGCGGACACGACAAACAACAAUCUGAGUACAAGCACGGUAAAGAUGACCCAGGCAAAUCCCAUCGCGGAGAUUACAGCCGCGAGAACGAGCACCAAGGCGGACACGAGCCCGGUGUCGCUCAUCGUGACCACACUAAGCCCGGAUACAAGACUGCUGGUCACGGUUUCCAAGACUAUGACGGUGCCCGCUAUAGGCAUACGUCUAAAGGCGGACACAAGCGUGGCGGUGAUUUUCGCGACGGUUAUCAAGUAGUGGAACCCGAAGAUACGGUGGACGAUGAAAACUUUGACAAUUUACUGUCGACCAUGCCGGAAAACAUGAAAUCGUUUCUGAGUUCGCCCCAAACGGCAGCCGAUCUUCAAGGAGGUAUGUCGUCGGUUACGGCCGUGUCUUCGACUCCGGCAACAGUGUCCAAGGAUGUGUAUUAUACGUUAGACCCUGAGUUACCGUAUGAUGUUACUCGAACUUCACGACAGAGAGAGAAAAAGAACAAAUUCGAUCGAAAUACGAUGGAAUAG